UGAACAACAAAUCUACUACGAUGUCUAGCGCAGCACCUGCUCCACAGAAGAAGGCUACGAAGCCAAAGAAGCCAAAGGCACCGGCUACCCAUCCUAAAACCAUUGAUAUGGUUGUUGCUGCUAUCACCAACUUGAAAGAUCGCAAAGGGUCGUCUCUUCAGGCAAUCAAGAAAUACGUCGGUGCUAACUACAAAGUCGACCUUGACAAGAUCACUCCAUUUAUUCGUCGUGCUCUGAAGUCUGGUGUUGCCGAUGGAAAAUUUGUGCAAACCAAGGGUACUGGUGCGUCUGGUAGCUUCAAGCUGAAAGCUAAAGUUAAGGCUGAGAAGAAAGCAAAGAAGCCAAAGACACCGAAGAAACCCAAAGCAAAGAAACCAAAGGCAGCGACGAAGAAGCCAAAGGCAAAGAAACCAAAGGCCAAGACCCCUAAGAAAGCUAAGAAGUCGCCAGCAAAGAAACCAAAGGCAGCAAAGAAGCCCGCCAAGAAAGCGCCAGCAAAGAAGGCAAAGAAGCCAGCAAAAAAAGCUGCUCCCAAAAAGAAAUGUACAUGUGAAAUCACUACGGGAACAAGCCCUACCAGCACUGUGCUGAUAGACGUCACAGAUAUAUCAUACAUCAAGCCUUUAUGCAAAUCUCCAAAUGAGGAUUGCCCCAAUGAUUGCAGGCAAGCAGUGAUAGACGCCUUAGGUGCCAGUAGUACCAACCCACUGGACAGCGAUUCUGGUAUCGCGACCUGUAGGGACCUUUUCGACAGAACCGCCGGUGGCACCCUCCGACAACGUGAUUUUGUACGCCCAUUAUGA